AUGCCUCCGAGACUCCUCCACCCGGAUGAGUAUGAGCUAGUGUCCCGGUCCUCUCUUGAUUCCCAGGACAGCUUUGACCUUGAUGAAGCCGACUUUGAGGCUCAUGCCUUGACUAGCCCUAGCUACCCGAAACAGAGGGUCUCUCUCUUCUAUCGGCUCUUGGCGCAUCUUCCCUUCGUUGGUCGUCAUGCGCAGAGACGUCUGUUGCGCAGCAGUCGUCGAGCGGCCUGGAAAGGCACACGGCAGCCGCGCUCAUGCCGUCCCAGCGCGUGUCGCCGCUGCUUCUUCGCGGUACAUAUUCUCACCGGAAUACUAGCAGUCCUCGUCAUCAUCACCGCUAUCGUUAGUCCGUCCUACACGCGAAGACCUCCCCAUUACAAUGCGCUUCGGGAUGCCAUCCUCAGCUCAAAGGAACCCGGCAGAGGCAAUCCGCAAAAUGAAAAAGUCUUGAUCGCAGCAAGCAUAUAUGACCGGGAUGGCAGUCUGGCGCGUGGACAGUGGGGGGAAAAUGUUCUCAAACUGAUUGAGCUUCUGGGCCCGGAUAACACAUACCUGAGCAUUUAUGAAAACGACUCGGGAGAAGCAUCGUCAGCCGCACUCCAAGAUCUAGAUAAGAGGGUUCCGUGUAAUCGAUCUAUGGUUUAUGAACCACAUCUCGACCUCAAGGGUAUACAGCAUGCGACGCUCCCAGACGGCUCAGAGCGUGUCAAACGGAUUGCAUUCUUGGCUGAGGUGCGGAACCGCGCGCUCAGGCCCCUCGAUGACCCACACGGAGAAAGAUUCGAUAAGUUACUGUACCUGAAUGAUGUCUACUUUGACCCGAUAGAUGCCGUCCAACUCCUUUUCGCGACCAACGUAGACAGGGACGGAAAGCCUCAAUAUCGGGCAGCAUGUGCCUUGGACUUUAUCAACGCUUUCAAAUUCUACGACACUUUUGCGGCCCGCGAUCUUGAAGGAUACUCAACCGGCAUUCCGUUCUACCCUUGGUUUUCAUCUGCUGGGAAAGGGGAAAGCCGACGUGAUAUCUUGCAGCAACGCGAUGCCGUCCGGGUCAGAAGCUGCUGGGGUGGCAUGGUUGCGUUUGAUGCGUCUCUUUUCCAGGAAACAGCGUCAACAGAGACAUCUCAUGGCGACAAGCGACGUGGACAGCCGAUUGAACCACGAGCCUUCCAUGUGGCUCGCUUUCGAGCAGAACCAGACCCAUUCUGGGAUGCAUCUGAAUGCUGUCUGAUCCAUGCCGAUAUUCAGAUUCCACCACACAAAUCCGAGGAGCCUGUUGACACUGGGAUCUACAUGAAUCCGUACGUUCGAGUGUCAUACGACACUUCUACCCUAUCCUGGCUUGGCUUUACCAGGAGAUUUGAAAGGCUUUACUCAUUGCCUCAUAACCUCCUAAACCACCUUGUUGGCAUGCCCUGGUACAAUCCACGGCGAGAAGAGCGCGUGGGCGAGCAAGUUCAACAGAAGGUUUGGGAUCCGAAAUCCGAGUCUUAUAAGACAAUUACUCGAACUGCCGGCACCGGCGGUUUCUGUGGACGCCGUGCUUUGCAGGUGAUGAUACCGAAUCCAAAGAAAGGCCAGAAAAACUGGGAAAUGCUCCCAGUUCCCGCUGAGUAG